AUGGAACCGGUCAACCUGUACGGCGAAAACCUGGAGGAGACGAUCGAGAUCCGGCAGAAUGCCAUCGAGAUUUACAAGCAGCGUCCGCCAGAGCGAGGCAGGGGACUCAACAAGCCGUGCAUCCUCACCUUCCACAACAUCGGCAACAUCCGGGAGAAGUACAGCCGGAUGAGCGACUCGCAGUACCAGGAGUUCCUGGCGAAGCUGGAGGAGUGGAUGGCGCAGAACGGGAUGAGGGAGGUGCGGGAAAAGCCCUUCGACCCCGAGGUCGGCAGACUGACCGUCACCAUCCUGACUACCUCACCCCCGAGGAGGAGGUCCAGCCCUUACCAGAAAUACAGGUCUGAAUUCCGCUCUGCUAUCGAGCCCCUCGGGCCUGCGCUCAACGAGUGCUAUGAAAAGGCAGAGUUUCCUUUCGCCCUCCUGCCCAAGCUCCGGAGCUUGAAUAUCUUCGACAAGUGGCUGAACGCACCUUACGGGCGGCCCUUCUCGACCGGCGGGAUUGGGGCCGUGCUAGCCGAGUUGGCGCGGGUGGAUGCUGGGCUGGCCACCUUCCUGCUGGUGCAGUGGGGGCUGGUGAUGGCCACGAUCUAGCAUCUUGGUACAGAAGAGCAGAAGAAAAAAUAUAUCCCGCAGCUCAAGAGCAUGGAAGUCAUUGGAGGCUGGGCCCUCACCGAGCCAGAGAUUGGGUCGGAUGCCUCCAGCCUGACCACAUCCGUCCGGGAAACACCAGACGGCUAUGUGAUCAACGGUCGCAAGCGGUGGAUCGGUAAUGGCGACGGCGGGCUGCUGGUCGUCUGGGCCCGCAACGAGGCAACCAAGUAGGUCGAGGGGUUCAUCGUUGAUACCAAGGACAACGGGGUGACUGCAACUGCCAUCAAGCAGAAAGUUCCGCUGCGGAUGGUGCAGAACUGCCAGAUCGAGUUCAAGGACACCAAGGUCCCGAAGGAGAACAAGCUGCGGACCAGCAACUUCCAGAACGGCACGGCGGUGAUCCUCAAGCACUCGCGAGUGUUCGUGUGCUGGCUGGCAGUCGGCGUGGCCCAGGGCGUGUAUGACCAUGCCCUGCGCUACACUCUCCACCGCAAGCAGUUCGGAAAGUCCAUCGCAGGGUACCAGAUGAUCCAAGAGAAGCUUAUGCGGGCACUAGCAAACACCCAGGCCGUUUCACUCACUGCCUUCCGAGUCUCAACGCUUGUGGACCGCGGCGAGGCCAGCAUGGGGCAGAUCGCACUGGCGAAGGCCUACAACUCGGAGCGGCUGCGGGAGGUGGCGCGGCUAGGGCGGGAGGUGAUGGGCGGGAACGGGAUCCUGCUGGAGAACUACGCGAUGAAGGCGGUGGCGGACGCGGAGGUGAUCCACACAUACGAGGGCACGUACGACAUAAACAUGCUGGUGGCGGGCCGGGAGAUGACCGGACUCGCUGCCUUCAAGCAAAGAUGA